AUGUUGUUAUUUCCUCUCCUAAUCUCAGCAGUUUUUGCUGAAGAAAGCAGAUUCAAGGCACUAUGGAAUCUGAAUGCAAUGGCCGAAUGCCAUCUCGGAUACACUGCUUUGGUCUACAACAACUACGGAUGCUGGUGUGGAGUGGGCGGGGCCGGGGAUCCCGUUGAUGAGAUCGAUGCGUAAGCCUGAUCAGAUGAAUUCAUGACACUGGUUUAGAUGUUGUCGAGCACAUGACAAGUGUUAUGACGCGGCUAUAGACAAGAAAUUCUGCCCAGACGUCCCUAUUGAAUACGUUGAAGAUUACAGUUGGACCUGCAACAAGACGGUUGUUGAUGACCGCCCUUUCAAAGAGCCCUCUUGUAAACGUAAGACUCGUCUAUUUUGAAUUAAAUUGCUCUAGCGACUACAAACAAGUGCAAGCAAGCGAUGUGUGACUGCGACAAGCAUGUUGUGGACUGUUGGGGACGGUACCCCCGACCUGCAGCCAAGAAGUCCUGCUCUCAUCGAUUGGACAAAGCCCUGGCCAAAUCAUUUUUCGAAGCUCUCCUGAAUCCGACAAUUCGAUACUAA